AUGCGAAUCUGGUGCAAGUCCUUCUGGAACGGGGCAGCGUUAAACGCCAGAUUACAAACGAUUUUCACCAUUCAGCCUUGCUAUUGCAAGAAGAGCCCGAGAAUUACCCGGCUGUUACUUCUCCAUUCAGAUCCCAAUUCAAGAAAGACCCUACUGGAGGAUGUCACUAUCAGAAACCGUCUGCUCCGCCAGGCUGUACAGGCAAGCCUUCAAGAUGUCAUCGCGCUACUGGUUGCCCAUGGCGCAGAUCCCAAUUCUAGAAAUACAGAUGGCCUGAGCCUGUUGCAUCUAGCCACGAAAAACGGUGACAGGGAGGUAGUCCAACAAUUGCUCGCCUAUGAAGAGAUCUCCAUCAAUGCAACGGACAGACAGUCCUGCACUGCUCUCCACAUCGCAGCAGAGUAUGGAUGCACGUCGGUAGCCAAGUGCCUGCUGGCCAAAUGCGGUAUAGAUUCCAACGCAAGAGACAGUUACGGUCGCACUGCCUUCCACAUCGCAGCAGAAUAUAGCAAUAAGUCGAUCACAGGGCUUCUCUUAGCCUAUGGUGCUGUGGAUAUCAAUGCCCCAGAUGUUAGUGGAGCAACAGCACUUUGCUUAGCUGCAGAUGCGAAACACACAGCUGUAGCCUUACAGAUUCUCGCAGAAGAUCAUGUAGACGUCAACAUGGCCAGUCAAACCGACAGGACAGCUCUUCACCAUGCGGCAAGAACGGGAAACAUACUGACCGCAUGUGUCCUUCUCGCCAAUGAGGAUCUAGAUCCCAAUUUCGGCGACUACAAGGCACGCAUCCUAGCUAUUCAAGCGUUUGGGUUGGCGAAAAUUGGUGACGCCGGCUUUGGCCUCAGUGGCGAUCCACCAAGUCCCACCAUGCCUCUCUUUCCUCUCACAUUCUGGAACUCCCUCUGUGAAGGGCUGAAGCAAGAAUUGAUUGAAUCUAGCCAUGCCUCGAACUGUUUACCGAAUGCGUGA